AUGUCUACCCAAGCUCCUCCGGUCAUCCCUCCUCGACCGUCUCGAUCCCCUCAAGCGCCCGCUUCCCUAAACGCGCCUGUCAUUCCCCAACGCCCUGCGAGUCGCCGCUUAGAUCGCUCUGUUUCUCCAAUGCGGGACAGCUAUGCACCCUCACCCCUCAACGAGUGGAAUGGCCCGAGCAUGAGCCGUACCACUUCGAAUGAAAUUGCUCGUCCACCAAGCGUCACAAUCCCGUCUCUGGGUGAAGAGGGAAUUGAGUAUGCCGACCUCGAUGUCGGGAAACAGACACCGGAGCCCCGCAACGUGAACAGCGACCUAAAACUCCAUGCGCCGCGACCUUCUCUGCCUAAAUCAAGUGCCAAGGCCAAAGUCCAGGCGGUAACGCGUACGGACUCCAGACAGGCUGCAGCUGCUGGGGUUGGUAGUGAACACCAUGAGGAACCCGAACGCUCAAGUCGCUCCCUGCAUUCCCAAACUAAUUCGCGAGCGGCAUCAAACUCUUCUGACCGUCGUCUCUCAGCGCAGUUUGGAGAAGAGCAUGGAUUCCGAGUGCCAAUGUAUCCGAAUGCCGGAGACGUUCAGGCUCCUUCUCCUAGUCCGUAUCUGGAGCAGGGCUCUCAGCGUCAGGGCCGUAACCACAACCGCACCCGUAGUGGCCGUGAUUCGUCUUUACCCCCAGGAAGCUACGGUCUGCAUGGACAUGGUGUCCAGCAUGCUGAUAAAUUCGAGAAGGCGUGGUAUGAAAAGCACCCUGAUGAAUAUAUCAAGGAAGAAGGGCAGUAUGGCCCCGGCGUGGGCACGCCCCGCCCCGAUUGGGCUUUGAGCAGCGACGACCUGAAUAAGAUCGUUCGAGGUUCAGGCCCAAGUAACCCAGGAGCCGGCACCGCUCGGAGUGUCCAGGGUACCCCAGACGAGGAGGUCGGUUACAUCGCUUCCGACGAAUAUACCCACCGUCUCGUAGAUUCGGAUUCGCACCCUCCUGUGGAAUCUCCUCUUCGCCAAACGAGCUUCCCAUCUAAUGAGAAAGAGGCCAUUGGCUCUCCAUUGCGCCGUGAGAGAACGAGUUCACGUCAUGCAGAUGGCGAAGUUAUUCAUAUUGAUGAUCCUCACCACCACCUCCACCACCCAGAUGGAUUUGCUGCCGCUCCUGUCGAUGAAGACGCACUGGAAGAUGAUGACCAUGCUGAGCACGAUGAGCCUAUUCUAGCGGCCGAUGAAGUGCGUCCCGAGUCUGCCUUCUUGCACCCUGCCAUCUCCCCCACCCGUGGAGGCUUCGAUGACGAGUACCGUAGUCGUACACCCAGUAUAUCUCACAGCCGUUCGAACAGCCGUUCGACCAGUGCUCAGGGUGGCUCUUAUCUGACUCGAUUUGACUCGCGCGAGUUGCAUGAAGACACCCACACACCACUGGAGGAUGUUGAGGAAUACGAGCCCUUGUUUCCCGAAGAAGAGGACUCACAGACGCAGCGACCACUUUCCCAGAGUGAGCGUUUCAAGAAACGCCCUGAAUCACUCAAGCACCGGUUCCCUAGUGAAGAUAUCUGGGAGGAUGCCCCGAACAGUCUUCAGCAUUAUACUACGGUGUCUACCCCGGACCUUCCCACCCGCGACACUGCCGAGGUCUUCGAGACGCCCGAGCAGGAGGCUGCUCGCAGGAGGCAAACCGGUAAGAUUGACUCGCACGAUGUUGCCAGUCACAUUCUUGAAUCUAGCGGCAGUAGCCCCGCAAACGUACCUAAAAGACCCGAAGGGCACAAGCAGCGCUUCCCAAGUCGGGAUAUCUGGGAGGAUACUCCUGAUAGCCAGCAGCUUGUGACGACCGUCGAACCCGCCACGGAAGAGCUUAAGAGCCCGGAAGCCCCCAGCAAACCCAGUAUUCCUCCUCGCCCAACCAAGGCUCAACCAUCCACAUCACCUACCGAUAAACGCUCACCGCCAGGGAUUCCAGACCGCCCGAAGCCCCAGGUUCCUUCUCGUCCCGCCAAGUCCAGCUCGCCAGAGAAGACACCGGUAGCUGGAGCAGUUGGCAGAGAUGCCGCCGAGGCCCCCGCGGUCCCCAAAGCAAAGCCUGCUGUUCCAGCACGACCCGGUGGCAGUAAGAUCGCAGCAUUGAAGGCGGGCUUUCUCACAGACUUGAACUCCCGCCUGCAACUAGGACCUCAGCAACAGAAGCCUCAGCCGAAGGAGCCAGAAUCCCCAGCCGAGAAGCAGCCUCUCAGCGAUGCGCGUAAAGGCAGAGCCCGUGGUCCUGCCCGCCGGAAGCCUGCGGUGGAGAAGGCUGAUGCUAGGUUACCCACUAUUCCAGAAGUCAAGAUCACUGAGAGCUGGAAUGUCUGGCAGGUCGGUUCUGACGGCAGUCUCACAGUCGGGGGUGAAACGAAGCACGCCGAUCCUGUUGAGGCCUCUCCUUCUAUAGAGACGCAUCCCUCCUCAGAUCCAUCGCCCGCCCCAGAACCAGCAAUGGCUCCUAAGCUUUCCAAGAAUAUUGCUGGAGAGCCUACAGACCCAGUUCCCGUCAAAACAGAGGCAGAUGCAGAGGAGGCCACGCCACCUAUUGUGAAAGCCCCUCCCCAAAAGGAAGACACCGAGCAGCCUUUGGCAGAGAAGGUCGCCGAUACGAAGGCGGACACCAAGGAGGCUGCUGAGCUAGCUUUUUUCGCCAAGGUGAAUGAUACCUUGCAGGGUGAAGCAACAGAAUCCGUUCAGCGCAGAGAGACCGAGGGCGAAAACGAAACCACUACGUCUUGA